CUAAGUUGCGCAUGCUCUUUGGGUAGAUCACGUGAUCGUGAAACCGUAAGUAUAAAUGGAUCGGGAGUAACGACACCGUGAGUCGUGUUUCUCGUUAGUUCUUGGCGGCCAUUGACAGUACAAUAUCUUUGCUCUUUUGUACAAUCUACACAUCUGUAAGAGUUGAAAACCUGCUGGACCGCCUUCUUCCAAUCGAGAAACAAAAUCUUCUUUCCGGCCCCAGCUGUUGUGGUGAAUUUACCUCUUUCUUGCGUAGCAACAACAAGGAAUACAUACACAAUGGUGUUGCCUUUCCAAGAUCCCCGUGACGAUGUGGCUAGCGAUGGCACUCGAUCCAAUAUUCCAGCCAACACUCAUAUCGAUCAUCUUUGCUCAUUGGAUAUCAACACCAAAGCCUCUCGAGUUCGUCUAUCUGGAAUUAUCUGCACCAUUGGCCCUGCUUCGGCCAAGGUUGAGAUGCUAGAAAAAAUGGUUGAAACCGGAAUGAACAUUGCUCGUAUGAACUUUUCUCAUGGCUCGUAUGAGUACCACGGAAAUACCGUUGCCUCUGUUCGUCAAGCUGUCAAGAACUUGGGCGAUAAGCUUAAAAUGACUGUGCCCGUCGCUAUUGCCCUUGACACUAAAGGUCCCGAGAUCCGUACUGGCCUGCUGGAAGGAGGACCUUCAGCCGAAGUCGAGUUGAAAAAAGGAAACUCUGUUAAGUUGACUACUGAUCCAGCAUUCCUCGAGAAAGGCACAGCCGAACUCAUCUAUGUUGACUACACCAACAUUUGCAAGGUCGUCAGUGUCAAUAGCCACGUCUAUGUUGAUGAUGGCCUCAUUUCUCUCGUCGUCAAAGAAAUUGGAAGCAAUUAUCUCAACUGCGAAAUCGAAAACGGUGGUUCGUUAGGAAGCAAGAAGGGUGUUAACUUGCCAGGCACUAAUGUCGACUUGCCAGCCGUCUCUGAGAAGGACAAAUCUGAUCUUCUUUUUGGUGUUGAGCAAGGAGUCGAUAUGAUCUUUGCUUCUUUCAUCCGAAACGCUGCCGCCGUUCACGAGAUUCGUGAAAUCCUCGGUGAAAAGGGUCGUAACAUUCUCAUCAUUUCCAAGAUUGAAAACCAUCAAGGUGUUCACAAUUUGGAUGAAAUUAUCGAAGCAUCUGAUGGUAUCAUGGUCGCUCGCGGUGAUCUUGGUAUCGAAAUCCCUCCCGAGAAAGUCUUUUUGGCCCAAAAGUGCAUGAUUGCUAAAUGCAACAAGGCCGGCAAACCCGUCAUUUGCGCCACACAAAUGCUCGAGUCUAUGAUCACUAAGCCCCGUCCCACUCGCGCUGAAGGUUCUGAUGUUGCCAAUGCCAUCUUGGAUGGUGCAGAUUGCGUCAUGCUUAGCGGAGAAACAGCAAAGGGAGACUACCCAUUGGAUUGUGUUCGCACCAUGGCCAAUAUCGCCAAGGAAGCCGAAGCAGCCAUGUGGCAUAAGCAGCUCUUUACUGAACUGUCUGGCAUGGUCGUUACUCCGGCAGAUUCCACACACACUGUGGCCAUUGCUGCCGUAGAGGCUGCAUUCAAGAGCCAAGCAGCUGCCAUCAUUACAUUAACAACUAGCGGUCUCACUGCUCAUCUCAUGGCCAAAUACCGACCCCGUUGCCCCAUUAUUGCAGUCACCAGGAACGAACAGGUGGCCCGUCAAUGUCACCUCUGGCGUGGAAUCCUACCACUUCAUUUCGCAGAAUCCCGCGUGCCUGAUUGGCUGAAGGAUGUUGAUGCUCGCGUUCAGUACGGAAUAAAUUUCGGAAAGACCCGUGGAUUUAUUCGCACUGGAGAUCCGAUCAUUGUUAUCACCGGAUGGAAGCAGGGAUCGGGAUUCACCAAUACUUUUAGACUGCUUUACGAAGGUACACGAUACCUGUAAAUGGCAUGCAAAAUUGAGUUGCCAAAAACGUCAAGCUGCAUGCCUUGGCUAGUUCCUGUUAUUUUAUUUUCAAGCCAGUUUCAUCGGCCAAGGACUACCUCCAACAGGUGUAUGUUAUUUUGUUUUAGUUAAAUUUUGAUUUUACGUGUUUUUUUGUGUUUCAUCAAACCUUUGCGUGUCUUUGUGUUCUAUACGUAGAUCAAUAUUUUGAGACUUGAUAAAAAAUUCUAGUAAUUAAAACGUUGUCAAAUAAAAUACAAGUCGUCAAACGAG